CCUUAAAGCCCCCACAAGUGAGUGCAGCUGCAGCCAGACACUGCUACCCUCACCAUGAGCCCCUGGCUGCCACUGGCCCUGACGCUCCUGGUGCUGGGCUGCUGCUCUGCUGGCCCCAGACGGCACCAGCCCACUUAUGUUGUCUUCCCAGGAGAACUGAGAACCAGCCUCACGGACACACAGCUGGCAGAGGAGUAUCUGUACCGCUAUGGCUAUAUUAAAGUGGCCGAGUUUCGCAACGACAACCAGUCCCUGAGUCAGGCGCUGCGGACUCUCCAGAAGCGCCUGUCUCUGCCGGAGACUGGAGAGUUGGACAGCACCACCCUGGAGGCCAUGCGUGCCCCGCGCUGCGGUGUCCCAGACGUGGGCGGUUUCCAGACCUUCGAGGGCGACCUCAGGUGGCACCACCGCAACAUCACGUACUGGAUCCAAAACUACUCGGAAGACUUGCCGCGCGACGUGAUCGACGACGCCUUUGCCCGCGCCUUCGCGGUCUGGAGCGCGGUGACGCCGCUCACCUUCACUCGCGUGAACGGCCUGGAAGCCGACAUCGUCAUCCAGUUUGGCGUUCAGGAGCACGGGGAUGGGUAUCCCUUCGACGGGAAAGACGGGCUCCUGGCACACGCCUUUCCUCCUGGCCGGGGAAUUCAAGGAGACGCCCACUUCGACGAUGACGAGCUGUGGACUCUGGGCAAGGGCGUCGUGGUUCCGACCCGCUUUGGAAAUGCAGGCGGCGCCUCCUGCCACUUCCCCUUCUCCUUCGACGGCCGCUCCUACUCCGCCUGCACCACUGACGGGCGCUCCGACGACUUGCUCUGGUGCAGCACCACGGCCGACUUCGACAGCGACCGUCUGUUUGGCUUCUGCCCCAGCGAGAGACUCUACACCGAGCACGGCAAUGCAGACGGCGAGCCCUGCGUGUUUCCGUUCACUUUUGAGGGUCGCUCCUACUCCGCCUGCACCACAGACGGUCGCUCGGAUGGCUACCGCUGGUGCGCCACCACGGCCAGCUAUGACCAGGACAAACUCUAUGGCUUCUGCCCCACCCGAGUCGACUCCACGGUGAACGGGGGCAAUUCGGCGGGGGAGCAGUGCGUUUUCCCCUUCGUCUUCCUGGGCAAGGAGUACUCAUCCUGUACCAGAGAGGGUCGCAGUGAUGGGCGCCUCUGGUGUGCCACCACCUCGGACUUCGACCGCGACAAGAAGUGGGGCUUCUGCCCAGACCAAGGGUACAGCCUGUUCCUUGUGGCUGCGCAUGAAUUCGGCCAUGCGCUAGGCUUAGAUCACACAUCCGUGCCAGAGGCGCUCAUGUACCCCAUGUACAGAUACACCGAGGAGCCCCCGCUGCAUGAGGACGAUGUGAAGGGCAUCCAGCAUCUGUAUGGUGGCCGCCCUAACCCUGAACCACAGCCUCCAACCACCACGCCUGCAACCAAGCCCACCGCUCCCCCAGUGGUCUGCACCACUGGGCCUCCCACUGUCCGCCCCUCAGAGAGGCCCACUGCUGGCCCCACAGGCCCCCCUUCCGUUAGUCCCACGGGUCCCCCUUCUGUUAGCCCCACUGGUCCCCCCACUGCUGGCCCUUCUGCGGCCCCGACAGCAUCUUUGGAUCCAUCUGAGGAUGUCUGCAACGUGUACAUCUUCGAUGCCAUCGCGGAAAUCGGGAAUCGCCUGCAUCUCUUCAAGGAUGGGAGGUACUGGCAAUUCUCUGGGGGCCAGAGACGCAGGGUGCAAGGCCCCUUCCUUAUCAGGGACACGUGGCCUGCGCUGCCCCAUAAGCUGGACUCCGCCUUUGAGGAGCCUCUCACCAAGAAGAUUUUCUUCUUCUCUGGGCGCCAAGUGUGGGUCUACACAGGCGCGUCGGUGCUAGGCCCGAGGCGCCUGGACAAGCUGGGCUUGGCUCCAGAGGUGGCCCAAGUCACCGGUGCCCUCCCGCUAGGCGGGGGUAAGGCGCUGCUGUUCAGCAGGCAGAACUUCUGGAGGUUCGACGUGAAGACGCAGAAGGUGGAUUCCAGGAGCCCCAGUCCUGUGGACCAGAUGUUCCCUGGGGUGCCUUUGAACAUGCACGACAUCUUCCAGUACCGAGAUAAAGCUUACUUCUGCCAGGACCGCUUCUACUGGCGUGUGAAUACCCGGAAUGAGGUGAACCAGGUGGAUGAAGUGGGCUAUGUGACCUUUGACAUCUUGCAGUGCCCUGAGGCCUAAGGCUCACCAUCCUGCUUCAGCACUGCAGUGUGGGGCCCCAUGGGGACCAUCCUGAUGGGCAAGGAGCCAGUUUGCCGGAUACAAACUGGUGGGUUUCCUCUGGAGGAAAAAGGACGAGUGGAGGUGGGCUGGGCCCUCUUGUCGCACCUUCCUUUUUUUGUUGGAAUGUCUUUAAUAAACUUAGAUUCUCUAA